GAUACCAUAUAUAUUGCCCGUGAUUAAGAUAAUGUUCGACGAUAAAAUGGAGACUGAUUUAUUUAAAAUAGAUGAAAAAGAUGUACAUAUUAUUUCAAGGAAAAGAGACUCUGAUAAAAGCGCUUCAGUUGAAGAAAGAGAUGUUUCCAGAGAUGAUAGAUUGAAUUUCAUGAAAAGAACAAAUGAUAUUUCAAAUGAUUCUGGAGUACUUUCAGAUGCUAGUCUUUCAGAUCUUGGGGUUGAUGAAGCAGUGUCUGUUCGUGUUCGACGACCAGUAGCGAAAUUGGAUGAUGAGAAAUUAUUGUCUUCUAAGGGUCUUACAUGGAUUUUUCAUAAUGCACCGAAGAAAAUCCAUUGGAAAGGAAAGGGGCAUGAAUUUUAUGAUUUAAGACGUCUUUUAUUAUUUUAUCAGGUUUGGGCACAUGAAUUGUUUCCAAAGGCUAGAUUCCGUGAGAUGCUUCGAAUGAUUCAGAAACAAGGUCAUUCAAAACGAAUUAGAAUUGCUCGUUCACAAUGGAUUCGUAUGAAUCGGGAGGAAUUGGUUCGGUCUGAAGAUCUUCCUGAAAUUAGAAGAGAUGAAUUAGAAAUAGAUGAAGAUAUAUUUCAUGAAGAGAUUAAAGAAAUAGAAGAUAUCUAGGAGUUUUUGAUAAAUGAUAUUUAAAUUGUUUAUUUAUAUUUGCUU